AAUUUUUGUGUGUUUAAAUUAAAUUUUUUUUUUUUUAUUUUCUACAUAAAGUUAUUUUUAUUUUCAAUUUAUAAAUAUAAUAUUACAUCAAAAUGGCCAAAAAACAAGUCAAAAAAAACACAAAGCCAAUGGCUUUUGAAAUUAAUGACCAACCAUUAUUAGAUACCUCAAAUUUAGAUACAUCAGUCGCUGCAACCAACAAUAAAAAAGAAAAGAAAGUUACCAGCACUACCACUACCACUGCUGAAACUAAAGAACAACCAAAGAGCGAAAAACCAGUUGAAAAUAAAAAUAAUAACAAUAGUAAUAAUACACCAGUAGUUCCAACUACCAUUUCUGCUUCAUCAAGUGUUGUUGUUGCACCAUCAAUUGAAGCCCCAAUUACUGACGAUUUUUCAGUUGUUCCAGAAAAGAAUAAAAAUAAAAAGAAAGUUACACCACCAGCCGAAAAUAAACAAAGCGCUGCAGCUGCCGCCGCCAAAAAGAAGACUGGUGUCACACGUAAUCAAUUCCAUCUCUUAGACCUCGAUGAAGAUGAUAUCAUCACUGAUGAUACCCACAGUCACCAUUAUGAAGUUCAAAAUCAACAACAAACUAAAAAGAAAACAAAGAAAUCAUCAUCAACUACUCAAACUGCUUCAUCUAAAAAAUCAAAAUCAGAAACCAAAGCUCCAGCUGUUGCCACUAAAAAAGAAGAAAAGAAAGCUGCUGAACCAGAAAGAAAAGUUGAACAACCAAAAGCUGUCGCUGCUGAACAACCAAAACCAAAGAAACAACAAUCAUCACAAAACAACAAAAAAUCAGAAGGUGUCUUAUUUGAACUCAUGAACUCACUUAUUACUCCAGGUGUCCCAACUGUUGUUUACAAAGUCAUUUAUUUCGCUCUUGUCGGUGUUUUAUUAUUUUCAUUACUCCCAUUAUACUAUUCAGGACUUAAUACCAUGUACAUGGUCGGUGUUGUUGGUUUAGUUUUAGGUCUUGCUGUCACUUUAACUUUAUUCAUUCAAGAAUUCUCAAGAGUUAAAGAAUUAAAAGAAUCAAAAGGUAAAAAGACUACCUCACGUAAAUUAAAAUAAACAAAUAAUUUAUAAUAUAUAAAAU